AAGGUGGCACCGGCAUUUGAAUGUUGGUGUUGCCACUCCUAGGGGUCAGUGGGCUAUGUUACUAGGUUAGUACUUGUAAUAGGUCCGGACGAAAGUUUUGUAUUUACUCAAGAAUUUCAGAAACUGACCGCUUAUUUUUUCAGCUUAGUCUUUCCCACCUGUCCUCUCUGCUAUAAAGGAUAUUGUAAAGUAAUUAAUGCCAAAGUUUGGUUAGGAAGCAUAAUUCUAUGGACUUUCGAUACCAGAAAAAGUUUAUAAGUCCGUCUUUAGGGUAUUUCAACGGACCUGGCUGUAAUAUUCCAGUUAAUUUUGGACCAGAGGAGCCUACCAACUGUUCAAAUGUGUCUUUAGCUGAAAUACAAACAAUCCGCAGUCAAGUCAUGCUCCCUACCUACCUACCAUCAAUGUCUUCACCCACACCUAUCGCUAACUUACAGCAAAACAACGCUGUACCUUCGCUACCAUAUGAGAAAUACAGCGAUAAUACUUGUGAUUCUGGUAAGGCGUUUGGUAACAUGCAAACAAUACCAAAUGCUCUGCUUGGACCACCACCACCAUGCAUUCAGCCAGUGGGUUCCAAGUGCUGGUCUAGCUUUUGUCAGCCCCAUUAUUUUCGUUCAUACCCCUAUUCCUUGGCACAAAGGCCGUCGAGUUCCUCUUCUCAUCGUCACAUGCAUGGCAAGGCAGUAUUUUCGCAUGUGAACAAUCACUCAAGCACCGAACAUGAAUCCGCCACCCUACUUACAAAGGUUGUACCUACCAAACUACAAGCGUCUCGGUCGUCAUCUAACUGCUCAUAUGAAAGUGACUUGUUUGAAUCGUCACGAAAGCGAAGAUCCCUUCCAUACGACCGAAAUGCUGCGUCCACCAAGUUGGAAGACCGAAGGUGGGGUGUUAGCACGAAACAGGUUCGAAAAUAUGGACAGGACACCAAUCCCUAUGAAGUAAAAAGUGAACCGAGAAGUAAAAAGUUUCCUAAUGAUACAACUUUGCCUACUGAAAGCAACCCAAACUCAGAAACAUCUUCAAACAAUCAAAUUCUACCCAGUCAUUCUUCUCUGAAUGAACCAACUGCCUACAUAAUGAACCAAAUAUCUACCUCUGAUACUUCAUCACAGACAAUUGAAACUUCUGAUGUGUGCAAUACUUUUUGUUCUGGUUUAAAUCUAAUUUCCACAUCUCCAACCUCAAUAUUAGUUAAUCAAACAAAGGAUCAGCUAAAAGCAAGUGCUGUAUCACCCUUUCAAUCAUCUUCAAAAACGAAUCGAUUGUCACCACCUGAUGAAAAUCAAACCAAUAACUGUAAAACUAAUAUUUCAACCAGUCAACCAAUGUCAGUCUCAUUGUCUACUAAUCAGGGAAUACAAAUGAUUACUAAUCGACAAAUUAUGCCUAAUGGGACACCAUUGUCUUUUACAUCAACUCAACCGAAUGGAAUGGAAUUUGUUAUCAGUCCACUUAGUGCUACAACAGGUUAUUUACUGUCUUCUUCAUCGUAUAUGGAAAACUUAUCAAUGACAAUCUGGCAAUUUUAUACUACUACUAAACAGAGUACUUUAAAGUAUGCUAAAAAAGUUCACCUACGCAAUGCUUUACAUUUGGUUGUAUCAGGAGUUUUCGAGAAUGCUGGUUUAUUUAUUGUUGGAUCAUCGAUAAAUGGUUUCGGUUCAGAUCAAAGUGAUAUGGAUAUGUGUUUAACGGUGACAUCACGUGAUUUGCAACAGAAAACAGAAGCUGCAUGUAUUUUACGUCAACUAUUACCACCUUUAAAAAAGUGUAGUUUUAUUCAUGACUUAAACCUAAUUCAUGCAAAAGUUCCAAUUCUAAAAUUUCGUGAUACACUCACCGGUGUAGAUUGUGAUUUAAAUGUAAAUAAUGUUGUUGGCAUUUAUAACACACAUUUGUUGGCUAUGUAUACAAGAAUUGAUUGGCGUGUUCGACCAUUGGGAAUAUUUAUCAAAUAUUGGGCUCAACGUAUGGAUAUUCAUGAUGGUAAACGAGGUCGUCUAUCCACAUAUCCUCUACUUCUAAUGCUUAUUCAAUAUCUUCAAACGUCAUGCUCACCGCCAAUCUUACCUAAUUUACAGGCGAAAUAUCCAAAAAUAUUCAACUAUACUAGACCAUUGUGUGAAUUAGAUAUGCGUCUUGAACUACCAUGGGCUGAGUUACGUUCUAAUAAUCCUGCUAGUUUAGCUGAAUUAUUUACUGGAUUUAUUCAUUAUUAUACAAAUGAAUUCAAUUUUAAUCAAUGGGCUAUUUCUAUACGACAUGGAGCACCUUUACCAAUAGAUUUAGCUAUUAAACAUUUACCACCUCAUGAACAAGAGUAUACUGCUAGAAAUUUUAAAGUUUUUGUUGAGGAACCUUUCAGUCAAAUGAAUGCAGCAAGAUCUUUAUACUCUGAUGAUAUUUUAUCACGGAUUAAACAGGCAUUUAUUAUAACAAAUCAAACUUUACAUUAUCAAUAUCCAUUAGAAUCAUUGUGGAUCAAUAAUAGUGUGGAAUAAAUUGAUGAUUAAUAUGGAUACAUGAUUAUUGAAGAAGAAGAAGAAGAAGAAGACGAAAUGGUAUGACUAGGGAUCAGUUGUGUGUUAUGUAUAUGUAUUAUAUAUAGGUAGUCAAAGUUAUACACCUCUCUCUCUCUCUCUCUCUCUGUCUCUCCCUGAUAAUUGACAAACGAUCUCCACAUAAAAGGAGUAAUUGAUUGAUUCAUGAUUCGUUUUGUCCACCCCCUGGAUAUCGUUAUUAUUAUUAUUAUCAUUACUGUUAUUAUUACUAACCUUUAAUUAUAGGAAUAUUAUUGAUGCAUGGAAACAAAGGUAGAAAUAAAAUUAUAAAUGAUUGGUACUUACAACUAUUUUACGUCUUUACAAAACAAAUAGUUGUGAAAAAUUUACGAAAAAAAUCUAUUGCUCACUGUACAUAGUGUUAUUAUUAUUAUUAUUAUUACUACUACUACUACUAGCAUAACAACAAUACCAUUACUACUACUACUCCUAGUAGUAGUAGUAAUGGUAUUUGUACAUAUCUACAAUAUAUGUAGGUGUAUAUUUUUCUCUUUGUUGCCUGAAAACAGUUUCUUUCUUCAUUGAUUAGAUCAUUGACUGAUCAUUUGUGCAGGUCAGGUGAAGUGAGCUUGUAAGUGCUCAAGAUGGUGGUGGCGAGGAGGCGCUUAAUCCUUACAAUUCAUGCUUGUUUAUUCUUUUUGUUGGCCAUGGUAAUUUCUUUUCAUAAAACUUACGACAUAUAAUAAUAAUAAUGUGUACAUGCCAAUGUAUUUGAUAAUGAGGAUAAUAGUCACUUUUUACUUGAAUAUUGAACGAGUUUUGUUUCAAACAGUGUAAUUUUGCGCGCCUUCACCUUCAAAAAAAAAUUCACUGAUUCAAGGUCAAUCUGUUCAAAUUUCAAUGAAGUAUGUAUAUGAUGUAUCUGUCGAUGAUUCGUUCCAGUAAUCGUAAUAAUAUAAUGAUCAACACUUUUUUGACUCUGAUGAUUAAGUGUUCUUAUAUAUUACUUACUGUUCACAAGUUAUUGUUUAAUCACACCUAGUAAAGCUUCUCAUUAUCCCUACUACUCUACUCUCUUUGACAAAUAGCACUUUUAUAGCGAAGAUAUUAUACUACUGUCUAUUCCUCAUCACUUUGUAGUAUUCUUAUCUUUCUUGAAAUGCAAAACUCUUAGUGUGUAUGUUUAUGUUGGAUGGAAGAAACUGUGUCGAGGGUGUCUACACGAAUUUGCUAACAUCACCAUAACUGUGCCGAAUACAGAAGGACGACUUUUCUGAGACUACUGUGUGUGUGUGUAUGUGUAGAGCUGUCUUUACUACGAUGCUGCUCAUCCCUUCGUCAUCUUUAGUUGUUUCAAGUAAAUGUAACAUCAUUUCUUUUCUAUUUUAUUUUCUUUCUCUUUUCAUUAAUUAUUACUAUUCUCAUUUUCAGGUUUGUUUUACUGAAAUGAUUCAUUGCGCCUUUUUUUUUGUUUUCAAAAAUUUGUAUAAUAUACAAAUUUGAAAUUCCAUACCUUCGAUAUGUAUAUAUGUAUGUGAAUCAAAUACAAUUUAUUUGAAGUU